AUGCCUCUUCUUCCUGUCGCCGUCUAUGGCCAAGAUGUCCCUCCCGGACAGCUUGUCCCAGCCGAGAUCCAGUUCCCUGCGACCAUUCGCAUCACCAUGGCUGCUCUUGACCCUACUGCCGCCCCCGAGGCUGAUGAGGAGGGCAACAUCCCCGCCGUCCACCGCUCUACCCUGAAGAUCAUCAGAGUCGUCAACGACGACGAGGGCGAUGAUGAGGACGAGGACGAGUACCUCCAGAAGCUUCUCGGCGGUGGCGACGACGAGGAGUCUGACGAGGAGUCCGAUGAGGAGCCCAACGGCGGCCCCAGCGACCCCGCCAAGUCCAAGAAGGCGAAGCGCGCCGCUGCCAUCAAGAAGCUGAUGGAGGCUACCCAGGAGGAGUCCGAUGAGGAGAUGGAGGACGUCAAGCCCAACGGAAAGAAGGGCAAGGCCAAGGCCAAGGCCGAGGAGGAGAGCGAUGAGGAGAGCGACGAGGACGAUGAGGAGGAGGGUGAGCUUGAGGAGUUCGUUGUCUGCACUCUUGACACCGAGCGCACCUACCAGCAGCCCAUCGACCUUGUCAUUGGCGAGGGCGAGAGGGUCUUCUUCGCCGUCACCGGUACCCACACUGUCUACGUCACUGGCAACUACGUGGUCACCGAGGACGAGGAGGACGAGGAUUCCGAUGAGGAGUCCGAUGAGGACUACGAUGACGACAUGCGCGCCGUCCUCGAGGGUGACUCCGAUGAUGACAUGAGCGAUGAGCUCGACGAGAUUGAUGGUGCUGAGCGCAUCAAGGAGAUCGACACCGACGAGGAGGAGGCUCCCAAGCUCGUCGAUACCAAGAAGAAGGGCAAGAAGAGAGCCGCUGAGGAGGAGGCCGAGGGCCUCGACGAGUUGAUCGCCAAGGACGAGAAGAAGAACAAGAAGCAGAAGAAGAACAAGAGCGAGGCUGCUACUACUGAGGCCAAGGAGUCUCCCUCCACCAAGGGUGAUAAGAAGGUCCAGUUCGCCAAGAACCUUGAGCAAGGCCCUACCGGCCCUGCUAAGGACAAGGCUGCUGAGAAGCCCGCCGAGAAGAAGGCUCUUGGUGUCAAGGUUGUCAACGGUGUCACCAUCGACGACCGCAAGGCUGGUACCGGCCGCACCGUGAAGAACGGCGACCGCGUUGGCAUGCGUUACAUUGGCAAGCUCCAGAACGGCAAGGUUUUUGAUUCCAACAAGAAGGGUGCGCCUUUCAGCUUCAAGAUUGGCAAGGGUGAGGUCAUCAAGGGCUGGGACAUUGGUAUUCUCGGCAUGGCUGUUGGUGGCGAGCGUCGGUUGACUAUUCCCGCCCACCUCGCCUACGGCAGCAAGUCCCUCCCCGGCAUCCCUGCCAACAGCACUCUCAUCUUCGAUGUCAAGCUCAUCGAGAUCAAGUAA